GUACUUCACAGCUUCCAAAAAUCCUAACCACUUCGGAGUUCUAACUCGUUAACUCACUCAACUAUCUACAACCCAGACCCAAUUAACUCAACUAACUCGCUGACGAUGGCAAACAAUCCAGGGGAGGACCCGUCCGACGAUUUUCUCGAACAAAUCCUUGGGUUUCCGACGUAUGGAGGAGCCGAUACUAACAUGGCGGGAAAUGAUGCGGCUAGCUUGGCAGGAGCUCCGGCUUCGAUGAUGCUCCAGCUCGGCUUGGGCGACGGGUCGGAUCACCUAGGCGGCGUCGGAGUCGGCGCAUUCCAUCACGGUGGCGUGGAUGCUAGCGGUGGCUUUCCAUUAGGAUUAAGCUUGGAACAAGGAAGCUUAGGAAGGGGAGGGUUUAUGAAAAUGGACGACGCAUCGGGUAGCGCGAAUAGAUUCCGUGAAGAUAUUGUUGAUCCUAGAGCUUCCCCUUCUAUUAAAGCGGGUUUUCAUGGAUCACCAAUGUCGACUAGGGUACCUUCAAUGCCGAAUCCACCUGUAAUACGCCCAAGGGUACGUGCUAGACGAGGACAAGCUACAGAUCCGCACAGCAUAGCUGAGAGGUUGCGCAGAGAAAGAAUAGCUGAAAGAGUAAGAGCAUUGCAAGAGUUGGUUCCCGGUGUCAACAAGACUGACAGAGCAGUGAUGGUCGAUGAGAUUGUGGAUUAUGUGAAGUUCCUAAGACUUCAAGUGAAGGUAAACAAAUAUGAAGCUCUGCAUAUAUUUUAAUUUGUAUAUUUUUAU